CUGGAAUCCCACGUUUGUCCGCUUACAGGUCUUCGGCGAUUUAUCCAAAAAUUCCUCAUCGUGUAGCAAAUCGCAAUCUUUGCUAUCAUUUCUUACCGCCUAUUAACGUCACUUGGCAAGUCCGAUGCUUCAUCUCAAAGGGUAUUCAGUUUGGGUGGUAAUCGCAGGAACGUCAGCGCAGGAAUACGGUGUGGAAGUACUCGAAGGGCAGAAUGAGGUGAAAUGUUGGAUACCAUCCGAGGAGGGAAAAACUUUUGAAAUCCGAAUCAAGGACAAUGAAUACCACACACCCACCGACGCAGGAGUAUUUGUGGACGGAACUUCCUAUGGUGGCAAACCGAUAAAUGGUACUGAGCUCAGAGAACACUGUAAGCGAGGGUUCAGGACAUCUCCCACUACAGUGAGACCGUUCAUGUUCUCCCGUUUGAUUGUCACAGAUGAUGACUCUUUAAUGUGCUCCGCCUCGCCCGACAUAGGAGAGAUAAAAGUCAUUAUUAGGCAUACCGAGAUCUCUGCGCCCAGUCAUCACCAUGUUUCACGGUGGACUGCCAGCGGUACUAAAAGAAAUGCUCCUACUCAAAUAACGGUCCAUGAACGAACGAAGAAGGCAGUUGACCAUCAAACAUCCUUAGGACAAGACAUACAAAGUCAAGCUCGGUUCAUAGAGUCAAAACCCUAUGGCCCUCCACUCCUGACGUUCCGUUUCAGGUAUAGACCAAUUGCAAUGCUCCAAGCCAAUGGGAUUGUACCCAGGAAGAGAGCACGAUCCCAGGAGGUCGAGCUUGGACCGGAAGAUGUUAUCGACAUUAGUAGCGAUUCAGAUUCAGGGGAAUUGGACCGUCUACGAGAGAGAAUCCGAUUACUUGAAGGCCGACAACAGGAAAGAGUACCGAAGAAGAUCAAGCGCGAACCGAGUGUAAAACGGGAGCUUAUAGUUGGGGAGGUGAUUGACUUGACCGAGUCGUGAUUCUUCCGUAGUUCCUGGUUUUGUCUAUUGUCCACACUGUUAUUAUAUUACAGGCACAUUCUCUGAUUGAUACCCUUGUCUAGAUUCUCAGUCAGCACUGGUUUGUGGGAUGGCCUUGACAUGUGCCCCGGGUGCUCCGCGAGGUCAGGUUGGGUAUAAAUGAAGUUUGGUGAUACGCCAGUCUAGAGUCGGUGAGCCACUACUUCUGCUUACCUAUGGAACAGGGAAGCUCCCUCCCAUUCGAGACUACAGCAUUGGACAUGUUGAUUACUAGUCAUCACCGAUCGUAACUCGGAAGAUAUCCUAUGAUACCCUGCA